CGACCCCGCGGAGCCGGGCCGCUUGUGUGGCCGGCGGAGGCUGAGCGCGACCCUAGUGAGCCGCGGCGCCCGCCGACCGAGACAAGCGCGACUCCUGGGACCCCGCUCUACCCCGCGCUGCCGCCUUAUCCCCCAUUGUCACGGGUACGCUCCGGCCUGCGCACAGCGGCCGCGAUUCUCCUCCUCUUCCUCUCGGAGGGAAAGGAGCAGAGAAAGCCGAGCGGCAGCUCCGGGAGAAAGCGAGCUGAGGCCGCUGCCCGAGAGGCUCAGGGCUAGAGGAGGAGGAGGCAGAGGCGGAGGGAAGUGCGCGUCACUCUCGGGAGGAGAGUGUUUCACCUCCAGGCAGAGGCUGCUAGUUGCGUAAAAGCUGUAGCGGCGGUGGACGCUGAAGCUCUGGGGGCUCCCUAGCCAUGGAGCUGGGAUCCGGACCGGGGGACGCCAGGAGCUCGGCACUGUCUCUUUGGACCUCUGUGUAGGCACCUGAGUUGACCGACGCUGAGCGGGGGAGGGGAAGUGACAGUGUAUCAUGAAUGCCACUGAUUCCAGGGGACGCUCCCCUGCUUUCCAGCAUCCUCAGAAUGGAAACAGUUAUCACUCGUCUGGCUACGUUCCAGGGAAGGUCGUCCCAUUGCGCCCUCCUCCUCCUCCAAAGAGCCAAGCUUCAGCCAAAUUUACCUCCAUGAGACAAGAACCCCGGGCAACCUUUGCAUUCUCACCUGAAGAACAGCAAGUCCAGAGAGAAAACCAAAAGCAGAAGAGACACAAAAAUACUUUCAUUUGCUUUGCUGUUACUAGUUUUUCAUUUUUUGUUGCACUUGCAGCCAUUUUAGGAAUAUCCUCAAAAUAUGCUCCAGAUGAGAAUUGCCCAGAUCAAAACCCACAACUCAGGAACUGGGAUCCAGGACAAGAUUCUAUAACACAAGUUGUUAUCAAGGAGGGCGAUAUGUUCCGUCUGACCUCAGAUGUCACAGUGAACUCAAUAGUCAUUCAGAAUGGAGGACUACUUGUAUUUGGGGAUGAUAAAGAUGGAUCCAGAAAUAUUACUUUGAGGACUCGUUACAUCCUGAUCAAGGAUGGUGGGGCGCUUCAUAUUGGAGCAGAAAAAUGCCGCUAUAAAUCCAAAGCAACAAUUGCCUUGUACGGCAAGUCAGAGGAAGGUGAAAGUAUGCCAACAUUUGGCAAAAAAUUUAUUGGUGUGGAAGCUGGCGGGACAUUGGAGUUGCACGGAGCACAGAAGACAUCGUGGACGUUGUUGGCCAGGACUCUGCAUUCCUCAGGCUUGAUGUUUGGGUCCUAUUAUUUUAUGAAGGACUUUUCACGGGGCCUCAAUGUGAGAGUCUUUGACCAAGACACUGCCAAAAUUUUGGAAAGUGUGAGGUUUGAUACUCAUGAAUACCAAAAUGAGAGCAGGCGACUACAGGAAUUUUUGAGAGUCCAGGAUCCAGGGCGAAUUGUUGCUAUAGCUGUUGGAGAUUCAGCAGCCAAAAACCUCUUACAAGGAACUAUUCAGAUGAUCCAGGACCGACUGGGAAGUAAGCUGAUCCAAGGACUGAGUUACAGGCAAGCUUGGGCUUUAGUUGGUGUCAUUGAUGGUGGAAGUUCUUCUUGCAAUGAAUCUGUGAGAAACUAUGAAAAUCAUAGUAGUGGAGGGAAGGCUCUUGCCCAAGGAGAAUUUUAUACCCUGGAUGGUCAGAAGUUUGCUGUGACAGCUCACAGUGAAUGGAUUGAAGGUGUUUCUUUCUCAGGCUUCGAGUUAGAGGUUGUGGAUGGGGUGGUGCUUCAUUUGCUGGAUGAUGUUAGCAGCUGGCAAGCUGGAGACCAGAUUGUGGUCGCAAGCACAGACUAUUCUAUGUACCAAGCAGAGGAGUUCACACUUGUACCCUGUCCCGAAUGCAGCCGUUUCCAGGUCAAAAUCAAAGAAACACCUCAGUUCCUGCACAUGGGAGAGAUUGUAGACGGUGUAGACAUGAGAGCUGAGGUUGGAAUUCUCACACGGAACGUUGUAAUCAGAGGAGAGAUGGAAGACUCCUGCUAUGCUAAAAACCAAUGCCAGUUCUUUGAUUUUGAUACCUUUGGGGGCCACGUCACGAUAAAGAAAAAUUUUACUUCAGUCCAUCUUUCUUACGUGGAGUUGCUGCACAUGGGCCAGCAGAAGCUGGGGCGGUACCCUGUGCAUUUUCAUCUGUGUGGCGAUGUGGACUCUAUGGGAGGAUACAGGUACCCAACAUUUGUGGAUGGCCUGUCUAUUCAUCACAGCUUCUCAAGAUGCAUCACUGUGCAUGGGACUCAUGGAUUGCUGAUAAAAGACACCAUUGGAUUCGACACACUGGGUCAUUGUUUCUUUUUGGAAGAUGGUAUUGAACAGAGAAAUACUUUGUUCCACAAUCUCGGACUCCUCACCAAGCCUGGCACUAUUCUCCCUACAGACAGGAAUAACUCCAUGUGCACCUCCAUGCGUGAAAAAGUAUUUGGAAAUUACAUCCCUGUACCUGCCACUGACUGUAUGGCGGUUUCAACUUUCUGGAUUGCUCAUCCCAACAAUCACCUGAUAAAUAAUGCAGCUGCUGGCUCACAGGAUGCUGGAAUAUGGUAUUUAUUCCACAAAGAACCUACUGGAGAAUCCAGUGGAUUGCAGCUCUCAGCAAAACCAGAACUCACACCAUUAGGUAUAUUUUAUAACAACAGAGUCCAUUCAAAUUUUAAGGCUGGCUUAUUUAUUGAUAAAGGUGUCAAAACAGUCCAUGCUAGUGCCGCUGACCCACGGGAAUACCUCUGUCUGGAUAAUAGUGCAAGAUUUCGGCCUCAUCAAGAUGCAGAUCCUGAAAAACCACGUGUAGCUGCUCUAAUUGACAGACUCAUAGCUUUUAAAAAUAAUGAUAAUGGAGCAUGGGUCAGAGGAGGAGACAUUGUCAUUCAGAAUUCUGCAUUUGCAGAUAAUGGAAUAGGACUGACCUUUGCCAGUGAUGGAAGCUUCCCAAGCGAUGAAGGUUCCAGCCAGGAAGUGUCUGAAUCUCUCUUUGUUGGGGAGAGCAGGAAUUAUGGCUUCCAGGGUGGUCAAAACAAGUAUGUAGGCAUUGGAGGAAUGGACCAUAAGCCUCGGACUUUACCUAGAAAUAGGACAUUUCCAAUCAGAGGUUUUCAGAUUUAUGAUGGGCCCAUUCAUCUUACCAGGAGCACUUUCAAAAAAUAUGUACCAACCGUAGACAGGUACAGCAGUGCAAUUGGCUUCCUCAUGAAGAAUUCCUGGCAGAUAACCCCCAGGAAUAACAUCUCCCUUGUGAAGUUUGGCCCGCAUGUCUCUUUGAAUGUCUUCUUUGGAAAGCCCGGUCCCUGGUUUGAAGAUUGUGACUUAGAUGGUGAUAAGAACUCUAUAUUCCAUGACAUUGAUGGCUCUGUGACAGGAUACAAGGAUGCUUAUGUGGGAAGAAGUGACAACUACCUGAUCCGCCAUCCAAGCUGUAUUAACGUUACCAAAUGGAACGCCGUGGUGUGCAGUGGGACCUAUGCCCAGGUUUACGUGCAGACAUGGAGCACUCAGAAUCUUACUAUGACUAUCACACGAGAUGAAUAUCCAUCCUACCCAAUGGUACUCCGGGGCAUUAAUCAGAGGGCGGCCUUCCCACAGUACCAACCUGUCAUCAUGCUGGAGAAGGGUUAUACCAUCCAUUGGAAUGGACCAGCUCCACGGAUUGCUUUUCUAUACCUCGUCAACUUCAAUAAGAAUGACUGGAUUCGAGUUGGUCUCUGCUAUCCAUCAGACACAACUUUUCAGGUUACCUUUGGCUUUUUGCAGCGGCAGAAUGGCUCCUUAUCCAAGAUGGAAGACUAUGAGCCUGUACGCUCAUUGGAGGAACUACAGAGGAAGCAAUCCGAGAGGAAAUUCUAUUUUGACUCCAACACUGGAUUGCUGUUUUUAUAUCUCAAAGCCAAAGGUAACAGAGAGGGUCACAGUUACUGUUCAUCUCAGGGAUGUGAAAGAGUCAAGAUCCAGGCAAUAACAGACUCAAAAGACAUCAGUAACUGCAUGGCCAAAGCGUAUCCACAAUAUUACCAGAAGCCAUCAGCCGUCAAGCGGAUGCCAGCCAUGCUCUUGGGACCCUGUCCAAGAUGUGGCACCCGUCAGGUGGUGUUUACUAGUGAUCCUCAUAAAAGCUACCUCCCCGUGCAAUUUCGGUCCCCCAGUGAAACAGAUGCUCAGCGCAGAGAGCCAACUGUCAUCUCUAUCAAUGGCACAGACUUUCCUCUCCAAAGUGCAGGUGUCAUCAUCCUUGUUGUGGAUGCGUGCAGUGUUCCAUUCCAGUUGGUGGAAAAAAAGAUAUUCUCGCUUGCUUAUGUCCAUCAUGUGGAAGAGUAUUUAAAAACAAAAAUACCUCCAAGGUCGAUUAUUCUGUUGAGCACAAAAGGAGAAAUAAAGCAGUUGAAUAUUUCGGAUUCAUUAGUACCUCUGGGAUUAGUCAAACCAGCUCAUCUUUAUCACAAUGGGAGUAUCAUAUUUUUGGGAUUCAGUGGAAACUUUAAACCUUCAUGGACUAAACUACUUACCAGUCCUGCUGGACAGAGUCUCGGGCUUCUGGAACAAUUUGUCCCUUUGCAGCUGAGCGAAUAUGGCUGUCACAAAGUCUCCACUGCCCCCAGACGAGACCUGGAACUGUUAAAACAAGCUUCAAAAGCACAUUAG